CCGGGGCUUCAUAAAACGGUAUUGCUCCUGCAACAGGAAAGGAAAGAGGUUUAACUAGGGUUUUAGGCGGUAGAAUUAUAAGGACGGACGUUCAUUUGUACUAUCUAAAUCAAGUAUGGCAUUUGCGGGCUUUCGUCGCAUUUUGAGCUCAGCUCAGCAAAAUUCUUCCGUUCUCCGGUCUCCACUCGGCUCCAUCCGUCUAAAUUCGACCCUUACUUCCCCCAAUCUCUUCGUCAGUGGCCUUUCAAGAAGUACCACUGACGACUCUCUCCAUGGUGCAUUUUCAAAAUUUGGCAGGCUCGUCUCUGCCCACGUUAUUAAGGAUAAAGAUUCUGGUAGAUCGAAGGGGUUUGGUUUUGUUACUUAUGAAACUUUAGAAGAAGCUCAGAAGGCACGUGAAGAAAUGAGUGGCAAGUUCUUAGAUGGUUGGGUAAUAUUUGUGGAUCCUGCCAAACCAAGAGCGCCAAGGGCACCGCCUUCCCCUCAGUCAAAUUCAGAGCAGCAGUCUGGAUAUGGUUAUACAGUAAAUAAAACAGUGGGUUGGUGCGGUUAACUUUGAAGGGUAUUUUGCUCAUCAAGAUAGGUUCCCAUCUACCAGGAUCUUAAUUUUUAGCGAUUGAUCGAAUUAUUAAGAUACUGAUAUUGAUGAUUCAUUCACCGAAGGACUUGUGAAAUUAUUUGAGCUAAAACUCAUGAUGCGAUAAAUUUAUUGACAAGUUGCAGACUUGUAUUGUAGUAGACAUUUAUAAGCAUGAAAUGCAUUUGAUAUUGAAUUUGCAUUAGCUACCAACAGAGACAUGCCGAUGAAUACAACAAACUU